UUCUCUCGUAUAUGGGGAUAUAUGUCAUAGACAUGAUGGUGACGUUAUUGGUAUUCUUUAUAGCUUUUUGACAGUUCCUGUAAAAAUGGCUCGAUGGAAUAUUUUAUACCUUCUUUGUUUAUUAUUUUUUGCGAACAAUUACAUAAAUUAUAGUUCGUCUACUUACGUUCAAUUAGAUGAUAUGGAGUCAGAAAAAUUAUGUCAAAUACUCGGUGGAAAGUCACCUAUUAACAUCGCGACCGGUGCGGCGACAGUCUGGUCGAAAUACAUGUACGAGCAAUGGAAAAAUGUUCGCAGUAAUAUUCAAUGUAAGUUCAAAUUUACAACUGCUAAAGGAUUUGGAUUAUUUGCAGUUAUUCAAAAAAUGUCCUUUAGACGAAAUGGAACACAGUGCAUAGAUUAUGUACAAUUUAUGAGAAAAGAUCAUCAUCGGACGGAGAAGUUUUGUGGUUCUCUUGAUCGCAGUAAAAUAAAAUAUUAUGUAGUUCCUGAACCAGAGGACAGUGUAUACUCAUCUGAAUCACAACCAUUAGUAAGGACUUAUGCUGAAUAUGAUCCAAGUGAUCAAAAAUCUAGUGCAGAAUUAGAAACUGAGAUAUUCAUUUCAAAGCAAAAAUUACAUGAGGGGGAGUUCCUUGCUCUUGGUAUUGCUUAUACUACUUUUACAAACUGCAGUAACGUGGACAUGAAUGAAUAUAAAUCAAUUGGUCACAAUGCCUGCAUGCCUAAUCGAUUCUUUUGUGAUGGAAUUUACAAUUGUGUACCAGCUAUUUGUUUUGAUGAAGAUAAGUGUUCAAGACAGAAUGAAAUCAUUAGCAAUGGUACAGGUGCAAAAGUAAAAGUGGGUGCAGUGAUUACUUUGAUUUUAUGCUUAACCAUAUUUGUUAUGUGUUUAUGGAUAUAUAAAAGAUCACAAAAGUUAUGUUGGUCUAUGGAUUGUGUUAAUCCAAAUGCAUGUCCAAGACCAGCACCAUUACCGAUAAUAUUACAUGAGUAUGAAGGAUCUGUAAUUCCAUCAAUGCCCUCCGCACCAAUGUUAGAAGUCGCAGUUCCUUCAUCAGUUGCUGAUAAAAAUUUACCACCUAGUUAUGAUUCACUAUUUCCAGAGCACAGUAAUUCUAUUAGAUCAUAAUCGUAAAUAUAAAUUUUUAUAUGUAAUUCAUAGUGACAACGUAUUUUCUAAUGUUUUUUUUUUUUUUUACAAAAUUAUCAAUUAUCACCAUCA